AGAGGUUGUCCCACUCUCACAGCUCCUCCCCCUACUCCUUGAGACUACAAAUCCUGCCCUCACCCAGUGCUGAUAGGCCAGUGUGGGUUCCUGAGCACUGCUGGGCUCCGGGGCCUCCAGGCCGAGAUCUCUGCACCCCGAGAAGGUGAAGGUGGCAGCACUCUUCCGUUUUCUCAAAACUUCACCCCACGUUGUUGGAACCCCUCCUUUCUCCUGAGUAUGUUUCCAGACUCUGCACCAUGGAUACUCUCUCUGAAGCAAAUGGCACCUUUGCUAUCCGCCUUUUAAAGAUGCUAUGUCAAGACAACCCUUCACAUAAUGUAUUUUAUUCUCCUUUAAGCAUCUCCUCUGCUCUAGCUAUGGUUCUCUUGGGAGCUAAGGGAAGCACGGAAGUCCAGAUGGCUCAGGCACUUUGUUUAAACACAGAGAAAGACAUUCACCAGGGCUUCCAGUCACUUCUCUUUGAAGUGAACAAGCCUGGCACACAGUAUUCACUUAGAACGGCCAACAGGCUCUUUGGAGAGAACACUUGUGAAUUCUUCCCAACAUUUAAGGAUGCGUGUCUUCAGUUCUAUCAGGCCGAGCUGGAGCAGCUCUCUUUUGCUGAAGCUGCAGAGAAGUCCAGGAAACAUAUAAACACUUGGGUCUCCGAGCAGACUGAAGCAUCAGCAUCCCCUAAACCUCCUAUAUCUCUAGGAGGACGGCAUGGAGGUGAAAACCAUGUUCCAAGAAGAGGGUGUUUUCCUUAUCUGCCCACCUGAUCUCACGUUACUCACAUGACCUUUGACAUAGUUCCCUGCAAAUGCUGCCCCUGGUUUUCCUGUAUGAUAAUUAGGCACUGUACUACAACCAGUCAAUCCCCCCUCCCCUUUCUACAUGACAGGGUCCUCCUGCCACAUGUAAAUAAAGCAGACUACGAACACUUAUCAAGUGAAGUUUGGCUGCCGUCCUCACCCUGUAUCUUCCCUCCAAGUCCCCUAAAUAAACAAGCUGUCUCACUGAA